AAUAUCAAUAUUGAUCAAUGUUUAUGAAUUCAAUAUAUAUUUAUAUUUGGAUUUUUGCCUAAAUUUCAUUUGCUUUGGAGACAAGCAAUAAAAUAAGAAGUCAAUUAAUAGGACAGGCUGUGACGAUAUUUUUGAACAAUUCAUUUUUUAAAUUUUUGCGUCGAAUAAGUUGAGGUUAGAAAAUGGAUAACAAAAAUUGUGUUGCAGAAUCACCUAAUUCCAUAAAUGAUAAAAAGGUUGACCAUAAAAAUGAUUCUUCGGCAAAAAAGCGUGGCAGGAAAAAAAAAAGUGAACUUGUAGAAACUAGUGUACCACAAAAGUCAUCCUCACAAAGUGAAGAGCAGUUAACAACCACAAGAAUGGGAAGAAAGAGGAAAUCUGUAAAUUAUUUUAACUUGGCAAAUCCAGAUUUUGAUGAAGUUAUUGAGGAUAAAAGAAAUAAAGUUGAUGUCAAAUCCAAUGUAAAAAAAAACAGUCCUUUAAAAAGUGUAAAAUCACCGAGUAAAAAAAGUACUCUUCCUCAUGCAGAAAUUAAAAAAAGAAGUGUAAAUACAGUAUCUAAAAACAUUGAAAACCAAGUGACUGAAAAUCAAGAAGAUAGUACCAAAGCAGCAGAUAUAUCUACUCUAGCAACUAGAUCUGAAAAUAUAGAAAUUAAAACAGAAGAAGAUAGUGAGGGAGGUACACCUUUGAAUAAUGUAUCUUCUGAAGAUUUGGACGAAAGCCAGGAGUUUGAAAUUCAUGUCAAGAAAGAGAAAGUAUAUAGAAGAACUGGUAACACUGCUCAAAUGACGAAUACUCUUUAUUCACAAGCUCAAUUGUCGAAAAACAUUUCGGACCCUGAUGUUGCUUCCAAUGGAUCCCCCGCUUCCAAGAAAAAAAAACUUGGCAAAACAAAAAAGAAGAUCAAAACGGACGAUGAUGAUGCUCAAAAUGAUUUUGCUGACCAGAAAACUGUAACUUGUGCUGUAUGUAACAAAGAGUUAGAUAAAAGUGACUGGUUUUACCACAAACAACGUUACCAUAACAAUUUGGCAUGGAGAAUUGGAGAUCCACCCUUGGACCUAAAUAAUAUAGACUUGGUGAAACAAAUUUUGAAUGCUUUAUACGCACAAAGAAAGCCUUUUUAUUGUGAUACCUGUGAUAAAUCUGUUAAAUCAGUUAAUGGUUUUUUGUCUCACAAAUCUGUUUGUGGAAAACCUUCUGAAGAUGUUAAAGUGGCCUGCACAUAUUGUUCCAAAAGAUUGUUGCCUGUUAGUAUGCCCUCGCACAUUAGAUUAGUUCAUGAAGAUAAAGAUAGAGUUGAAAUUGUUGCUAAGAAGAGAACAUCCGCAUUAGCCAGUGGCGGUAAAAGACAAGCGGCAGAAAAGGCUCUAAAAGUUAUAAAAAAUUUCAAUUUGGAAACAUUUGGUAUCAAUACAACAUUUGAUAAAUAUUUCAAAGAACUGGCCUUCAUUUCAUCGGAGGAAGCUGAAAUAAUGUUAAUAAAUCAGAUAGAUGAAUCAAAUAGAGUGCAGUGUAAAUAUCCAGAAUGUAACUUCGAAUGUUUUACUAGUAAAGAUAUUAAGAAUCAUUUGAAAUUUUGUGUUAAAAAACCAGACAUUGGUUAUGUCUGCAGAUAUUGCUUGCUUGUGCAAUUGAAUAUUGCUGAUAUGAUAUAUCACAUUGAAACAAUCCAUAAAGUUCUUGUUGACGUUGAAGAGGAAUAUAUAGAAGAACGAGUUUCAAAUAAUGUUCAGAAGAGAGAUUCUAAACAGAAUGCUAGUAAUAAGAGAAAGGCUAAUAGUGGAGAAAAAGAUAAACCGAAAAAGUAUCCACAAUUUUUAUUACCUGCGGAUAAGGACAAGGAUUUUAUUUUCAACAAAGCCCAUGUAUGGACAAAAGAAUUUUGUGAAAACAAUUUUUCACUUGCCUUGCCGGAAGAAAUUUUUCCAUGUUUGAAAUCUAAUUGGGAUUACAUGGAUUUAGAUGCUUCGGUAGAAUAUUUGCCGGGAAUGCCAUAUUCUUGUGAUGUUGGUUUUGAGACGGUGGUCGGUUUUCAAGAUGUUCUCCAUAAAGACCACACCUUCAGGAAAUUUGAAAUAUUCGAAUCGUAUUUGGAAAAUAAUGGUAAUUCAACCAUAUUUUGUGGAGGACCAGUGACGGCACUCUCUUGGAUGCCAACUCCAUAUAAUACGGAUGGUAUUCAUCAAAUAGUCGCAGUGGCUGUGCAACAUCACCCAGACGAUCGAUUCGCUACCAAUGCUAAUUAUAAUGAAAAAUGUUUGAUUCAGUUUUGGGACGUUGGACCUUUGAAGAAUACCGACACAUCCCUUUUCAGACCUAAACAAGCAUUCUGUAUGCAAUUUGAUCAUGGUCCUAUAUGGGAUUUGCAAUGGUGUCCAUCGAAUUGUUAUGAUUUAUCAGAUCCACCAGAUGACUCGGACAAACUUAGAAGAUUGGGUGUUCUAGCAGUGGCAGGAUCAGAUUCGUGGGUUUACAUAUAUUCAAUACCCAAUCUCAAAGAAUGUGGCCAGUUUUACAAUAUUCGUCCAGUUUUGAUAUUGAUACGAGAUGUUGUCGAAAAAGGAAAAUCCGGUAGUAGGGCUUAUUACGCCACCAGGAUGUCUUGGACUAAGGCUGCCGGUCAUAAAUACUUAGCGGUUGGUUAUUCCAAUGGACAGGUAGCCAUGUACAAUUUAUGGAGUUUUUCAAAAGUUUUGAGGCACAAAACCAAUUGCAGCACCGAUGUUUUGACACCUUAUACAGUCUUGGAAGCUCACUGUCAUUCCAUUACAGCUAUUGCUCUACAUCAUUCUCAUGGAGGGUGUAGAUGGCUUCUGACAGGUUCAUAUGAUCGUACAGUACGUACUUGGAAUGUAGAGACAAAGCAAUGUGUUCGUGUUCUCAAAGGAAAUAUUGUGAAUGAUGCGGUAUGGAUGACAAAUUGGAUGUGCUAUAUCGUUGGUUACGAUGAAGCCUCGACUAUUGGUAAUGUUUGUAGUGUGAUAUAUCAAUGCAAAGAAGGUUUAUCAGAUCCCUUGAAUCUCUUUCAUUGUUCCUCAUCGAUAACUUCGCUAUCGACUAGUGAUUGGCUAAACGGGAUUAUUCAAGCCAAUGCGAUGGGCGAAGUAUUUGCCACAUUUCCUAAACAACUCAUGAUGAAUCUGAAUUGGAAGAAUUUGAAGAACAAAAAGUUGUUAUUCGGAUACACUACCCUAGUGGAGAAAAAUAAAACCAUCGAAGAAAGAUUGAAACUUAAUUCUGAAAAAGAAAAAGCUCUCAGAAACCAACUGAAGGUCAAAACCAAAAUUAAGACAGAAGAACUACCAUCUAACAGAGAAGUUACGCAUUUGGACUAUAAUCCCCAUUACUUUGAAUACGAACCUUUGGUGUACCAUGAAAUGGAUGAAAAGUAUGGUUUAAUAUUUUGUGACCACAAAAUGCAAAAAUGGUCAGAUUUUCCUCCGAAACUUCAAGAACACAUGUCUCAUUCGUCUGAAAAGUAUGCUCCAUCCAGGCCCAAUAUGUAUCCGAUACAAAGCAUCACGAAGAUUCAGUUCAAUAUGAACAGACAAGCCUCUACUUAUUAUAUGAGUGGAUAUCAAGCUGGGUUCUUGAGAUUAACUCAUUUAAAAUUCUUAGAUGGAGAUCCCUCAAUUGUUAAAGAUACUUUGAAUAAGAAGAAAUAGUUUUAUUUAUAUAUUUUUAUAUCUGUUGACAAAUACAUAGUUCUUUCAAGUUUGUU